AUGAGUUCUUCACCAGACAACAAACAGUCAGGAUUUGCUUUAAAUGGAGUCAGUACCUCCUUUAAGAACAAGAGCUCCGAUGUGUUUUCUUGUCUCAACGCGUUAGAAGAUAAACACCAUGCAUAUGAAAAGCACAGAAGGAGAUCAGACAGGGCAGAGGACGAUAAAUUGUUGAAAUCGGAACCCGUGGUGGUGGAAGAGCUGAGGAGACCAUUCAAACGACCAGCGCCUCCCCGAAGAUUUCCUGUGCCAGCGAAACGGAGGGGCAAUAGAAACAUUCCAGAUUAUCGCAUUCACCCAGAGAAAUGGACACGAUAUGAUUUGGAUGUCCCGGAGAGUCAGUUGUCCGAAGCCAGCAAUACGAGUGCAGCUCUGUCUUUUCUUGAGGAGCGACGAAAAUUAAGAGAAAGUUCAGCUAAAGAUUCAGUCAGUGAUGAAGAUUAUCCUGGGGCAUCUAAGGUUCCAGUCUUCAAAAAACCAGCACCAUCACAUUUGUCUGAUGAUACUUCUCACACUUUUUCAUCUAAACCCGAGUUUCGAGGAGGCAAAGUUGUCAUGCCUGAGUAUGUGAUAGGAGAGAAGCCGAAACAAAAGACAAAACAAAAACAUAAAAUGGAUGCUGCCAAACCAGUAGCAUCAGCUACACUUCAUUUAGAUCACUUAGAAGAAGAUUCGGACAAGGCUCUCACAGAAGAAUCCAGACCAGAUAGCACAAAGUUUAAAAGUAGAAAACAAGGCAAAAGGUCGAUAAGAAGUAGGCAGCACGAUGACAGUGAUUAA